AUGCGCCCCUCUGCCCCGCGCCCCCUCGUCGCCGGUCCUUCAACCGGCCCCGAACGACCCUUCCCGAUCCGCCUCUCAGGACCCAUAGUAAAGGGCUUCGGACGUGGUAGCGCAGAUCUAGGGAUACCGACGGCGAAUAUACCGUUGGCGGGGCUGAGCGUUGGGGGAAAUGAGGAUGUCGAGAGCGGAGUUUAUUACGGGUGGGCGGGUGUGGACAUUGAUGAUACAGGGUUGAGGAAGGAGAGGGGGGGGAAAGGAGAGGGAGGAGGAUCAGGAGGAGGAGUGUGGGAAAUGGUGAUGAGUAUUGGGUGGAAUCCUUACUAUAAGAAUGAGGUUAGGAGUGUGGAAGUCCACAUCAUGCACGCUUUCCACCAUGACUUCUACGGCGCGCGGAUGAAUCUGCUGAUUUGUGGGUUUAUACGGCCAGAGUAUGAUUAUGUGAGUAAGGAGAGUUUAAUAGAGGAUAUCAAUGUGGAUAUUGAAGUUGCAAAGAGAAGUCUGGAGAGGGAGCUUUAUCUAAAGUUAAAAGGGGAGAAGUAUCUGUUGGAGUUUGGGGUUGAAGGGCAUGAGAAUGCGGUGGCGAGCUGA